AUGCUCGAGUUCCGAACCCCAGGCUUCAACCCAUACGCCGUCAAGUACUCGCCCUUCUUCGACAGCAGGCUGUGCGUGAGUGCCGGUGCCAACUUCGGUUUGGUAGGCAAUGGCCGCCUCUUCAUCCUCAACCUGACGGACCGCGGCAUUGUCUGCGAGAAGUUCUUUGAAACACAAGACUGUCUGUUCGACACGGCGUGGUCAGAGGCACACGAGAACCAGCUCUUGACCGCUGGCGGAGAUGGCAGUGUCAAGCUCUUUGACAUUAACCUUAGCGAGUUCCCCAUUGCCAGCUGGGCUGAACAUGGGCGAGAGGUCUUUGCCGUCCACUGGAACCUCGGCCACAAGACAACUUUCCUCAGUAGCAGCUGGGACGGCACCGUCAAGAUCUGGAACCCCGAAUCCAAGACAUCGCUCCUUACACUACCCGUACACUCCUGCGUCUACUCGGCCCAGUUCUCUCCUCAUAGCCCCGACAUUGUCACCGCCGUCGCCAGAGACUCACACCUUCGCGUCUGGGACCUGAGAACCCCUGCAAGUGCCUCGAACCACCUGACCCUCGCCAUACCUAUACACGCCCCUCCGAAAAUGACGCCCAUGAACUUUACACCUACGAGCGUUGGUCCGACCGAAUGCUUGACGCACGACUGGAACAAGUACAGGGAUACAAUCAUCGCAACAGCUGGUGUUGACGGCAUGAUACGCACUUUCGACAUCAGACAACCCAGCGGUCCCAUGGCCGUCUUGCCAGGUCACGAGUACGCUGUUAGAAAGAUCAGCUGGAGCCCACACUUGAGCGAUGUAUUGCUCAGCGCUAGUUAUGACAUGUCAUGUCGCGUCUGGACGGAUGGUAGCGCCAUGGGUGUGGAUCAUGCAAAGAUGGGUAUGCCCACUGGACAAGGUGCUCGCGAAAUGGGCCGUAUGGACCGUCACACAGAAUUCGCCAUGGGCGUCGAUUGGUGUCUGUUUGGCGCAGAGGGAUGGUGCGCCACCUGUGCUUGGGAUGAAAGAGUUUUGGUCUGGGACGUGAGGGAGUUCAUGAGGCGCUGA